AAGACACAAAACACAUGUAUGCUUAACCAUCCACUCUCAUAUCAGAGAGAAGCAGAGAGAGAGGCUAAUGGAACAUCCUCUAUCUUUCAUCCUCUUCAACCUUUUCCUCCUCAUCAUCCUCUUCACACCCCAGUUCACCAUAGCCCAAGGCCCUGCAUGCCAAAGCACCUGCGGUACCCUACAAGUCAAGUACCCUUUCGGCACCGGCGAUGGAUGCGGCUCGCCACGGUUCCAGCCCUACGUGACGUGCAAACCCGGCGGAGAACAGCUCCUCCUCACCACCCACACAGGCUCAUACCCCAUCACCUCCAUAUCCUACACCACUUCCACCCUAACCAUCUCCCCCUAUGACAUGUCAACCUGCUUAUCCAUGCACCGGUGCUCCUCCAUCCUGGGCCUUGACUGGGCCAGUCCAUUCCAGCUCGGCCCAUCAACUUUCAUCCUCAUUUCAUGCACACCCCCAACAUCGUCCCUCACCCUAUGUGACCCUUCUUACUCUCACCUCUGCGCUUCACUCUACACCUGCCCCGCCGUCGUCUCGGCCGGCCUGCCACUGUUUCCGCCGACGAACACGUGCUGUGUGUACUCUCCGGCAAACCUUAACGGCAAGGGGGAAUUGGAUUUGAGGGCUCUAAAGUGCGACGGGUACGCGUCAGUCGUGUCGAUGGGGGAGUACCCUACUGAUCCGUCGCAAUGGGAGUAUGGGGUGGCCUUGAAGUAUGUCAAUGGGGUUUUGGAUAACAACAUCAUUGACACCAAGUGUAACACUUGCGAGAUGAGCGGCGGCAUGUGCGGGUACGCGCCGCAGGCCGGGGAUUCGUUUGUCUGCGUUUGCAAGGGUGGAUACAAUACAACCAUGGAUUGCUAUAGUAGCACUCAGAAUCAGGGGGUCUUUUGGAGCGCUGCUUCUUCGCCAACAGGGGAAAUUUGGUUUAGAUUGUUGGCAGGCCUGAUUUUGUGGUUACUUACUUGAGAAGAGAGAGUAGGCUACUAGCUAGGGUGGGGGGGUUUUAGCUGGAGUAAGUAGCUCUCUUAUGUUGUAGUGGAAAUCUCUGAAAUGUGAGUACUUUGGGACCUUUUGGAAUGGGAAAGUUGUAAAGUAGGCUGAAAUUAUGACAUGAAAAAGAAGAGAGGAAUAAAGGAGGUAACGCACAAGCAUCUCCUUUGUGCAUGAACGUGACACAUCCACGUGGUGUGGCCUAUUGCAAUGUGCCAAACCAUAUCUUACUUUCA